CUCGUUGAGCACUAUCGGACUUAUCGUGGUCACCGGACUUAAUUGUGGACCGAAUGGUCCUCCGCAUCACUACCCCUUUUGCGAUUUGAAGUUAGAGCCUAUGACGCCAACAUAUUUCAGUUCCACCGCCGGUACAACUACAGUGCCGAACUUCCGUGGUCCUUUCUAUAUAUUUACGCGUGUCAAUUGCGGUAUUCCUUUCAGAAACCAUACGAUACCAUAACCCAGUCUUUGAUAAAACUCGGAAGUCACCAAAAUGUCGCAAAAUGGUCUCACUUUCAACUGCGCCGUCAUCACCGGUGGAGGCGGCGGUAUCGGCCGCGCACUAGCCGAAUACUUGAUCUCCAAGGGCAAAAAGGUUCUUCUUGCUGGACGAACGGAGUCGAACCUCAAGUCCACGACUCAGGAAAUCGGCGCUGCUGGUUAUUAUGUCCUUGAUACAGGCAAGACGGCUGAUAUUCCCGGCUUCGUCAAGAAAAUCACCAGCGACCACCCGGAUCUUGACUGUCUCAUCAACAACGCCGGAGUUCAACGCCCAAUUGACGUCUUGAAAAAUGACGAUUUCCUCGAAAAAGCAGAUCAGGAAAUUGACAUCAACAUCCGCGGACCAAUGCAUCUCUCCCUCGCCUUAAUCCCUCACUUCAAAUCCAAGCCCAACGCUCUCAUCGUCAACAUAACCAGCGGUCUAGCCUACAUCCCCUUCUCCGUCAUCAACCCCGUUUACAACGGUACCAAAGCCUGGCUACACUUCUUCUCCAUGAAUCUCCGCACUCAACUCAAGCGAACGAACAUUCGCGUUGUUGAAAUUGUCCCGCCGAUGGUGGAGUCCAAUUUACAUCGAGAGAGGGAGAAUCCUGAUGAUAAUAAGAAGGAGCAUGCGCCGCAUACACUAACUGUGGAGGAGUUUAUGGGAGAUAUCGUGCCCAAGUUUGAGAGGGGUGAUGAUACGAUUGGGGCGGGUAUGGCGACGAAGGUUGUUGAUACGUGGUAUGGAGCUUUUGGGGGACUGUACGAGAGUGCUGAUAAGGAAUAUAAAUAGAGAGUGGUAUAUGGAUCAUCAGGGAGCCAUACAGAAAGAUUUGUUAAGACAAUAAUAGCCUCGUUGGUAGAUUUACCGAAGGACUUAGUAACUACUUGACAACAA